AAAAUAUCUUCACCGCUUUUCAAUUAAUCUUCCGUCACCAUUGUUGUCAUCUUGCUCUUCUCUCCCUCUUGAAUUUUUUUCUCCUUGGAAACCUUUGCUUCUCUUUCUAGGAAGGAGACACGAUCAACCGAUUUCUUAGCAUCCUCGUGCAAUUUCCAUUUCUCUACAAUCUUCCCAAAAUCUACUUUUCUUUCCAAUUAGAUUCUGAUUCUCUACGGCAUCUUCUCGUCCACCCUUUCCUUUCCAUUUCUUCUGCAUGCUUUUCGAUUUUCCUCUCUCGCCUUCUUCUUCUUCUUCCUCUUGAACAACCUACUCUUUCAAGCUGUUUCGUUGAACGCUUCGCAAUGGCGAUUUUGGAUUCUGGAGGCGUAGUGACGCCGACGGAAAACGGUGGCGGAGAGUUUGUGGAUCUCGACAGGCUUCGUCGACGGAAAUCAAGAUCGGAUUCCAACGGACUUCUUUCUGAUUUCGCAUCCCGCACCGAUACUGUACCGUCAGAUGAUGUCGGAACGCCGGCCGACGUGAGGGAUCGGAUUGACUCCGGUGCCGACGACGCUCAGGAAACAGCGAAUUUGGCCGGGGAUAACGGCGGAGAUACCGAUAUUAGGGAAACCGGUGGAGGAGGAGCAGGAGGAAACGCCGAUGUAAGGUUUACGUAUCGACCGUCGGUUCCAGCUCAUCGGAGGGCGAGGGAGAGUCCACUAAGCUCUGACGCAAUCUUCAAACAAAGCCAUGCCGGAUUAUUCAACCUGUGUGUAGUAGUUCUUAUUGCUGUAAACAGUAGACUCAUCAUCGAAAAUCUGAUGAAGUACGGUUGGUUGAUCAGAACUGAUUUCUGGUUUAGUUCAACAUCGCUCCGAGAUUGGCCGCUUUUCAUGUGUUGUCUCUCCCUUUCAGUCUUUCCUUUGGCUGCCUUUACCGUCGAGAAAAUGGUACUUCAGAAAUGCAUAUCUGAACCUGUUGCCAUAUUUCUUCAUAUUAUUAUCACCAUGACAGAGGUCUUGUAUCCAGUUUACGUCACCCUAAGGUGUGAUUCCGCCUUCUUAUCAGGUGUCACAUUGAUGCUCCUCACUUGCAUUGUGUGGCUAAAGUUGGUUUCUUACGCUCAUACUAACUACGACAUAAGAACCCUUGCCAAUUCAGCUGAAAAGGUCGAUCCUGAAGUCUCCUACUACGUUAGCUUGAAGAGCUUGGCAUAUUUCAUGGUUGCUCCUACAUUGUGUUACCAGCCGAGCUAUCCACGUUCACCAUGUAUCCGGAAGGGUUGGGUGGCUCGUCAAUUUGCAAAACUGGUUAUAUUCACUGGAUUCAUGGGAUUCAUAAUAGAGCAAUAUAUAAAUCCCAUUGUUAGAAACUCAAAGCAUCCGUUGAAAGGGGAUCUUCUGUACGCCAUUGAAAGAGUGUUGAAGCUUUCAGUUCCAAAUUUAUAUGUGUGGCUCUGCAUGUUCUACUGCUUCUUCCACCUUUGGUUAAACAUAUUGGCAGAGCUCCUCUGCUUCGGGGAUCGUGAAUUCUACAAAGAUUGGUGGAAUGCAAAAAGUGUGGGAGAUUAUUGGAGAAUGUGGAAUAUGCCUGUUCAUAAAUGGAUGGUUCGACAUAUAUACUUCCCAUGCCUGCGCAGCAAGAUACCCAAAGUACCCGCCAUUAUCAUUGCUUUCUUAGUCUCUGCAGUCUUUCAUGAGUUAUGCAUCGCAGUUCCUUGCCGUCUCUUCAAGCUAUGGGCUUUCUGGGGGAUUAUGUUUCAGGUGCCUUUGGUCUUUAUCACAAACUAUCUACAAGAAAGGUUUGGCUCCAUGGUGGGAAACAUGAUCUUCUGGUUCAUCUUCUGCAUUUUCGGACAACCGAUGUGUGUGCUUCUUUAUUACCACGACCUGAUGAACCGCAAAGGAUCGAUGUCCUAAAAAACCCAACUCAAAGGACUUUCGUACGCCAUUACGCCACAGAUGUGUUUGAUGCUAAAAAAAAAAAAAAAAAAAAAAAGGUGUUUCACCAAUUGUGGAUUGAAGAAGGAAAGAAAAGUAGAAUUCGAGUUGUAUCUGCAAAAAUUUUGGUAGUGUUAAAAGACUUUGAAGAGACGAAUCCUUUUGAGUUCUGUUUCUUUUUGUCUGUCACUGGAUCUGCUCUUUCUCGUCUUUAACAACCCCAUAAAAAAAGUAGAUUGAGAAAUUGGAUUUUGUUAUGAUAUAGAGAAAUUUCAAUGAAACUGUUGUAAUAAUU